AUGCUCCCGAGCAGUUUGGGAAGAAGUUCCCUUCGCAUCCGCUCGACAUAUAUCGAGAUCUCCAACUACAUUCGGAAUAGACGGGCACCUUUAUUAUCAUCUUCAUUGCGCUGUUCCCUCAAUACCUGCAAGGCAUUUCAUACUCGGUCGUACUAUUAUGAGAAUCUUCAUUCUAUUCCAGUUCAUCGGCCCUUUCUAGAACAGUACAAGAAGGCCGUUGAAUUCCCUCCUGCCACGGAUGACUUUGAAUCUUUUCUUUCUCAGGCUGCGGCGGGUCAGGAUGUUGUUCUUCAUGGAUACCUAGGGAACCGAGCCGACCUUUCCAAGAAGCUGUCAUUUGUGCGUUUGUCAGAUCCAACAUUGAAGUACAAUGUCCAGAUUAUAUCGUUUGCAAAGAAUGAUGCUUUUGAGAAGCUCAGGUCUAUCAGUACGAACAGUCCGGUGGCUGUGAAGGGCAAGGUACAGAGAAAGAAGGGAGCCGACAAGGAUUCGUCAAAUGCAGAGUCCUGGGAAAUUGACCUGGAGGACAUCUACGUUCUCAAUGAUUUUCCUAAGGAGAUUGUCAUGAAUUCCGAAAUGGUGUUUUCCCCCGAACAGCGAUUUCUUCAGCUGCGCUCCGAUAGUGAAUUGCGCGAAGCUCUCCGAUUCCGGGCCCAAGUGCGCAACGUCUGCAGGGCGGAAUUGGAAGAAUGCCGGCCCCCGUUCCUUGAGAUUGAAACGCCUCUCCUGUUUAAGUCUACGCCUGAAGGUGCUCGGGAGUUUUUGGUGCCCACCAGAAGGCGCGGAUUCGCCUAUGCUUUGCCACAAAGUCCUCAGCAGUACAAGCAAAUCCUCAUGGCUAGUGGGAUUCCGAGGUAUUUUCAGUUCGCGCGCUGCUUCAGAGAUGAAGACCUGCGAGCUGAUAGGCAGCCAGAAUUUACUCAACUCGAUUUGGAAAUGUCUUUUGCGACUGGUGAGGAUGUCAUGAAAACUGUGGAAGGGGUCAUCCGCAGACUCUGGUCGUCCUUGAUGCAAGACCCUGUCCCCGCGGGGCCGUUCCGGAGAGUCCCCUACCAAGAGGCCAUGGCCCGAUAUGGCUCUGACAAACCAGACACCAGAUAUGGGAUGGAGAUCUCGAGGAUCGAGCAUCUCCUCCCUGUCGAUAUGGUCAGUAAGAUUUCUCCAUUGACCAAUCCUAUUGUGGAAGUUUUUAAGCUGGAGGGCAACGACAACGAUCCCGCAGCUACUUUCGAAUUUGUCACCCGAUUCCUCGACUCCCCCGAAGGUGCUGUGUUCAAUAACAACCCAGACGGCGGGCCAGGUGUUCUUGUCUUUGAUGCAAAGAAGCCACUCUGUGGACUUCAACCACUUGGUUUUGAAGCUGCAGAGCAUAUUGAGGAACUGCUCGAAUUGGAUCAUGGCGAUCUCAUCAUUCUCCAAGCCCGUGAACGGACUCCUUCCUUUUCUGGCGGCUCAACUGCUAUCGGCGACCUUCGCCGUGCUCUCCAAAAGGCUGCUGUCUCUUCAGGUUUCAAGCCUGCUCCCACCGGCUUCCACUUUCUCUGGGUUGUGGACUUCCCUCUUUUCUCUCCAUCGACGGAUUCGGAACCGGGCCAAGGUGGCGCCUCAGGCUUCUCAUCUACACACCACCCUUUCACGGCUCCGAAGACAUCUGCCGAUGUUGACCUCCUACUCACCGAGCCAACAAAGUCCGUCGCGGACCACUACGACUUAGUGGUGAACGGAGUGGAGCUCGGCGGCGGCAGUCGCCGUAUCCACGAUGCUGCCGUUCAAGAAUUCAUUUUCCGCGACAUUCUACAGAUGCCGCCCCAGCGGCUGGAAGAUUUCUCGCAUUUGCUAGAUGCGCUAAGAGCAGGAUGUCCGCCGCAUGCCGGGUUUGCUUUGGGAUUCGACAGACUAGUCGCCGUUAUGCUUGGUAAGGAGUCUGUGAGGGAUGUCAUCGCAUUCCCUAAGACUGGGAAGGGCGGAGAAGAUGCAAUGGUCAAGGCCCCUAGUCCGAUAACCGAGGAGGCAUUGGAGACAUAUCACCUGCGGUUGAGGGAUGAGAGAGAGAUCUAA